AUGCGCUUGCAUGCGUUGCAGGUGCUGCAUGCAUUGCCUGCAACAGCCUGCAAUACCUGCACUGCCUGCAAUGCUAAGGUCCUCAUUGGACGAUGCAUUCCGCCAGGCUUUUGUCUAAAAGCUGGAGCCAUUCCUUAUCUCGCGGGGCUAAGCGUUUUCCAUCCGACGUUGUUCGGGCUGUGUGGGACAGCCAGUUGGGUCAUUACGGUCUGA